AUGGUCAUAGUAAGGAUUGUUCUAUCUUUAGCUGCUACGCAAGGAUGGAAGUUGCACCAAAUGGAUAUCUUCAAUGCCUUUCUUCAAGGUGAUUUGCUGGAAGAAGUGUGUAUGACUCCACCCCCUAGUCUUCUAGGAUGCCAAAGUUGUGCUUCAAUAUCACUUCAAGAUCAAGGACCUGGGGGGAUGAGAUACUUCCUUGGUCUUGAAGUUGCAAGAAGUAGACAUGGAAUUUUUGUUUGUCAAAGGAAGUUCACACCUGAUAUCAUUGCCACACUUGGGCUUGCAGGUUCUAAGCCAGCCUGCACACCUUUAGACACAAGCCAUAAGCUCACCAGUGCAGAGUAUGAUCAAGCCAAUGCACAUGGAACUCUAGAUGAAUUUAAGCCAAUUCUUGCACAAGCCAAAGAAGUCACAUAUGGAAGGAGCACUGAGGGUGGUAAGGCUACUUGCCCAAUGACUAGAAGGUCAGUGAGUGGGCUUAUAGUAAAGCUUGGUGACUCUCUUAUCUCCUGGAAGUCCAAGAAACAAAAUACAAUGUCAAGAAGCUCUGCGAAAGCUGAGUACAAAAGUAUGGCCAAUGCAAUAGCAGAAGUAGUCUGGUUAACAGGGUUGUUUAAAGAAUGA